CUCCCACUGUGAUAAGGUUUGUGAUCGUAUUUGUUAGCUUUUUGAGUUUCAUGUCACUUAAGCACAUAAUAAUUUUUCUGGUAAAUUCAAGUGAAAUGCAUGUACUCUCCGUCUAGCUGGUGUUCUCAGGAUAAGGUAUAACAGACGUCACGACAUUCAUGAAUUUCUCAUGGCCAGAUCAAAACCCUUUUAGAUCUACAGAUUUAAUUUCGCCUACGUGUUUCCCAGGCAUACUCGUGGAGACCACAAGAAAGAGAUUAGUCCAGCUGACCUCACUUCGGCCUAUCAUAGAUGUAUAUACUGUAAAAUUAAAACUUAAACUCCUUAGACAAGAGGCAUGCUGGGCGAGGAGGGUCGGGAGGGAACAUUCUCAUACACGUGCACUGUAUAACAUUUAACCACCACAAUUACUCAGAUUCCAAUUUAGUACAAAGAGAGACAUACUGUAAUACCUCCUUUGUCAACAGCUGGGUUGUGCUUUCUUGACAAUGCUGUUUAUAUUGCAUUCACAAUGUAUAUGUGUUUUCAAUAGAAUAGACAGAGUUAUAAAAGAAAGGAUCCUUUGUAUGUGUUGUGUAAGGCCACGACUGUGACUAAAAGUUUUGAGGUCCUGCCCGGACUAAACCCGAUAUAAGAAUCUCACCAGUCGCCGUGCCAAGUGAAAUAAACCACCUUACAGAUAAAAAGAGUCUAUUUCAGCCCCUCUAUUGUACAGUGAAUUGCAGGGAUGUUUGUGUUUCACCCCCUCCUCUGUCCUCUUUGUCAAGCCUUGCUUUGAUCCGUGAACAUGGUACUUCCACAACUUUUAUGAAGCCAUUUUGAGCAGAUGACAGCGAUUUGAAUUGGUCUCGGAUUUAUUUUUGAGUAAAUCGGGUUUUUUGUUUUCCGUAUGUGUUGCGACAGAGGAAAAGCAUGAAAAUUCACUCAAAUCAUUUUAUUGAAUCAAUUGUUCCGGCUUGUGUGUUUCAUGGAAUGAGAGAUGACUCGUUUUGAAGAAUGCUGUUUUGUAUGCAGUGAAGGUAUUUAAGCAACCGAGCACUCCUAAGAACUAACCUCAACCAAGAACAUCAGAACUUUUGUGACAUUCUACGUCUGACCAUGGUGGACAAAUUGGCCUCAUUUGGACACGCUCUGCUGCGCCGUCGUGUGCUGGAUUGCUCUGGGGAAGAAACGCGCUUUGCUCGCUGUCUGUCCACUCUUGAUCUCGUGGCAUUGGGUGUUGGAUCCACGCUGGGAGCUGGAGUCUAUGUGCUGGCUGGGGAAGUUGCAAGAGAGAAGGCAGGUCCCGCCAUCGUCUUGUGCUUCCUUGUGGCUGCGCUGUCUUCAAUGCUGGCUGGACUGUGUUAUGCAGAGUUCGGGGCACGAGUACCUAAGACGGGGUCGGCGUACAUGUACAGUUACGUAACGGUGGGAGAAAUCUGGGCUUUCAUCACUGGUUGGAACCUUAUUUUGUCUUAUGUAAUAGGUACAGCUAGCGUGGCACGAGCCUGGAGCUCCACGUUUGAUAAUUUGGUUGAGCAGAAAAUCUCCAGCUUUUUCAAGGCAUCCAUGGCCAUGAAGGUUCCUGGGAAUGUUCUUGCAGAAUAUCCAGACCUGUUUGCUCUCGUCCUCAUUCUGUUACUAACUGGUCUGCUUGCUUUUGGUGUGAGUGAGUCGGCUCUGGUGAACAAGAUCUUCACCGGGAUCAACCUGGUCGUUCUGGGUUUUGUCAUUAUCGCUGGCUUUGUCAAGGGAAACACAGCAAACUGGAACCUCACAUAUCAGGACUUCAUUAAUGAUACUAACAUCACAGAACCACAAAGGGUGGAAAACAUGUUUGGAAGUGGAGGUUUCGCUCCAUUUGGCUUCAGGGGCGUCCUGUCUGGUGCUGCCACCUGUUUCUACGCCUUCGUGGGCUUCGAUUGCAUUGCUACAACGAGUGAGGAAGCCAAAAACCCAAUGCGGUCCAUCCCAGUGGGCAUUGUGGCCUCUCUGCUCAUUUGCUUUUUUGCUUAUUUUGGAGUAUCAGCCGCUCUUACAUUAAUGAUGCCCUACUACAAGCUCAACACCCAGAGUCCCCUGCCAGAGGCGUUCAGUUACGUGGGCUGGGCGCCGGCACGAUAUAUUGUUGCUGUUGGUUCACUCUGUGCGCUUUCAACAAGUUUGUUGGGCUCAAUGUUCCCCAUGCCUCGUGUGAUCUACGCUAUGGCAGAGGAUGGGCUGCUCUUCCGUUCCCUCUCCAGGAUGAACAAGAAGACCAAAACUCCAUUGAUGGCGACUGUUGUGUCUGGAAUAGUAGCAGCUAUUAUGGCCUUUCUCUUUGAUUUGGCUGCUUUGGUUGACCUCAUGUCCAUCGGGACAUUGCUGGCAUAUUCUCUGGUGGCUGUGUGUGUUCUCAUCCUCAGAUAUCAGCCGGGCAUUUUGAACUCUUCCAGUCAGACUGAGAAACUGGUAGAACUGGUUGGUGGGGAGAGGGUGGCUGUUUGUGGAGACAGCGGGGAUGAAUAUGGCAUUGAGCUGGAUGACAAUCCCCACAAAGAGAAGUUCUACCUGAAACUCCUGCUGGUUCCAUCCCAGGACUCACCGACCGAAAUCUCUGGGUCGAUUGUCUAUGCCACAACUGCAGUUAUAUCCCUGCUGAUCACACUGUUGUGCGUGGUGUUGGCUGUGCAACUGGAGGCCAUCAUGAGCGGCGAGAUCGUGUGGGUGAUGGUGUGUGUCAUUCUGGCUGUACUGUGCUUCCCGUGCGUCAUCGUGAUCUGGAGACAGCCCGAGAGCAAAGAAGCUCUCACCUUCAAGGUGCCACUGUUGCCUUGGCUCCCUCUCUUCAGUAUCUUUGUCAACAUCUAUCUGAUGAUGCAGCUGGACUUGGCCACCUGGUGCCGGUUCGCCGUGUGGAUGGGCGUCGGUUUCGCCAUCUACUUCGGCUAUGGCAUCCGGAACAGCAUAGAGGCCGUGAACAGCCACUCACGAAAAUACGAGCCGGCCCUUAAGAACAAGAGCCCUAUUUAUUUAGGUGGAGACAAGAGCGAGGUGGAAGGGAUUUCUCCCUGAUAGCCGCAGAUGGAGGUUUUCCACUCAACGUGUUUCAUAUGAAAAGUCCUUAUUUAUUAAUGUAGAGACUUCCCCAAACAUUUUAAUUCCAAAUGGAAUUUUUAUUCUCUCAAACGUCAACCCUCAGAAAGUGUUGCAGAGUGUUCUGUAGCUUCCGUUACGAGGUCGGUGCGUGUUUUCGUGGCUGCUGCUGUAAUCUUUAGUACUGUAAUGGCCAUUUUUAUCUUAUUGACAAUGAGCUGACUGUAUACAGGGUAUUUGCAGGCCUGCGAAAAUGUGAUUUUUUUUUUGGGUUUUCAUGAUCCAGUUUGUGUGCUAAGGCCUUUCUAGGCUGCUGCAGUCCAAAAUGGUUCCUGUCGAUCACGUGGUCUCCCAUUAUGGGACUACAGCGACCCCUAGUGUUCGGUUUGCAGAAUGCAAAGGCUCAAUCACACCACCAUAAGACAGUAUUUGUUUAAUGGUUACUGUCAGACAAAGGAAUUACAGACUAACUGACAAUGUUCUGAAGAGGGUUUUUUUAAUCUAUUAUGGCUUAGAGCAAAAACUAAAGAAUCCAAAAAUGCUGGUUUUAUCCCAUAUGUGAGUCCUUGAAACUACAUGGAUAGUAUAACUUUCCGUUUUUAUCCAGUCUAUUAUUGACACACUGCUGUCUGCUGUAUAUGGAGAUUCUGGUAUUGGGCAUUUUGGUUAAAUUUUUUUAUAAUAUUUAAAGUGUGUUUGUGAGGUUUGAAUGACAAUGUGCCAGAGAAUGUGUCGUUUUGCAAAAUACUAAAUUAUUUUUUUGGGAAAAUCCGCAUUGAGUUUUUAUAUGGACAUGUAUAGUUUACUUAUUCAUACAGCCUCCUUAAACAUGGUGGAAAAGCUUUGGGGUAUCCUGCUAUUAAAAUAGCAGAUUUAUAGGUCAAACCUAAAUCUUCCCGAAGACUGAAUAUCUAAAGAAACUGGCUUGAAUGGCCUUUCUUUCAUACCUGAAGGUGUAGAUACUUGUUUCAUAGAUUAUUAUUUUUCCAUUUAAACUUUUUCUUGGCUGUAGAGCUCAUGUUACUUCUAUCUAUUUGUUCUUUAUUGUAUAGUCAUUUUAUAUUAUAGUGGACUACUGGUUUACUGUAGCUCUGUUGAAGUUUUGAGUAUCUCGUCUUGUGAUCCCGUCAUAAUGGUUUCUAUGCUUUGUGUUAACUCGUCUGGAUGCUGUUAUUCAGCUCCUUAUCAACCGUUGUGACCGUGCAAAUGACAAUUUUGAUUAUUGUAACAUAUCUGUGUUGAGAGAACCGGAGAGCAGUAGAGCCUGUUUGCAGAUUUGUUUUCAGAUGCAAACUAAAUUGCUAUGUAAUAGAUUGCAAAGUUGUUAAAAACCACUUUUGUUUUUAAUAUGUUAACAUAUUGUUUAAUAAGAAGCAUGUUUUGGUAUAGCUUUAAUAUUUUGUUUUAACAAUCAAAUGAAAUGGUUUUGUUUACAUGUACCAGACAUGUCUGAUUUAGCAUAAAGUGUUUAAAGACAUUGAAUUCGACAAGGUUAUGAUUGGUUUUUAAGUUUUAUAUCUUCUGUAGAACAGUGCCUGUAGAUUAAAAUGUGCCUCAAAGAUGGAUGGUAGAUAUCAACACAUACCAAACCACAUGCCUUUGAGAUACACGUUGUAGUGUUGCAUAUUUGGUUGUUUUUCAGUGUAUAAAAACCUAUUUUGUCUUUUGUAAACUGUAAAUAUUCAUGCCAUGUACAAAGAAAAUAAGCUGUAUUAUAAAAAUUCUGUUGUUCGUU